CGCAGGCUAGCUAGCAGUCAGCGUCGUCACGAGCUCGAGCAGAGCACUAUAUAUUGGAUGCCGCCCUAUGCAUCUCACGCACCUCAUCGAUCGAACUCACAAGCCAAGAGUCCAAAACAAUGGCCGUCUUCACCAGGUCGGCCUUCCUUGGCCUCGCCCUCGUCCUCUCCGCUCUCGCUGGCACGGCGAACGCGCAGCUCUCGCCUAACUUCUACUCCACGUCUUGCCCCAAGCUCGCCGGCAUCGUGCGGUCGGGGAUGGCGUCAGCCGUGCAGAAGGAGAAGCGGAUGGGCGCCUCCAUCCUCCGUCUCUUCUUCCACGACUGCUUCGUCAAUGGGUGUGACGGCUCGAUCCUACUCGACGACUCGUCGACCAUCACCGGGGAGAAGAGCGCCGGGCCGAACGCGAACUCCGCCCGUGGGUUCGAGGUGAUCGACGCCAUCAAGACCCAGGUCGAGGCCUCCUGCAAGGCCACCGUCUCCUGCGCCGACAUCCUCGCGCUCGCCGCCCGUGAUGGAGUCAACCUGCUCGGAGGUCCCACCUGGAACGUGCCGCUGGGGCGCAAGGACUCGCGCACGGCGAGCCAGAGCGCGGCCAACUCCAACCUCCCAGGCCCUACCUCCAGCCUCGCCACGCUCAUCUCCAUGUUCGGCAACAAGAACCUCUCGCCGCAGGACAUGACGGCGCUCUCCGGGGCGCACACCAUCGGGCGCUCGCAGUGCCAGUUCUUCCGCAACCGCAUCUACACCGAGCGCAACAUCAACGCCAGCUUCGCCACGCUGCGGCAGGGGACGUGCCCACGCUCCGGCGGCGACAGCAACCUCGCGCCCUUCGACGUGCGAACCGCCGACGGCUUCGACAACGCCUACUACCAGAACCUGGUUGAGCAGCGCGGCCUGCUGCACUCUGACCAGGAGCUCUUCAACGGAGGCUCGCAGGACGCGCUGGUGAGGCAGUACAGCAACACCCCCAGCAGGUUCUCCGCCGACUUCGCGACAGCCAUGGUGAAAAUGGGCAACCUGCUACCGACGUCCGGGACGCAGGAGAUCAGGUCCGGUAUGGGCCUCUUGUUCGCCAGGAGUUUUGUUCUUGUCACUGCUCUGCUAGUCCUCUGCCUGCUUCUUCCUUGCAACGCGAAGCUGUCCAACAAGUUCUACGCCAAGACGUGCCCCAACGUGGAAUCCAUCGUGCGGGCGGUCAUGGCGCCGGCCGUCGCCGCGGAGCCGCGGAUGGGCGCGUCCAUCAUUCGCCUCUUCUUCCACGACUGCUUCGUCAACGGAUGCGACGCCUCGAUCCUCCUCGACGACACGCCGACGUUCACCGGCGAGAAGAACGCCGGCGCCAACGCCAACUCCGUCCGUGGGUACGAGGUGAUCGACGCCAUCAAGACGCGCGUCGAGGCCGCCUGCAAGACCACAGUCUCAUGCGCCGACAUCGUCGCGUUGGCAGCUCGCGAUGCCGUAAACUUGCUCAGGGGCCCGACGUGGAAGGUGCCGCUGGGCCGGAAGGACUCGCGCACGGCGAGCCAGAGCGCGGCCAACGCCAACCUCCCGGGCCCCGGCUCCAGCGCCACGUCCCUCGUCGCGGCGUUUGCGGCCAAGGGCCUCUCGGCGCGCGAGAUGACGGCGCUCUCCGGCGCGCACACCGUGGGACGGGUCCGCUGCGUCUUCUUCCGCGGCCGCAUCUACGGCGAGCCCAACAUCAACGCCACCUUCGCGGCGGCGCGGCAGCGGACGUGCCCGCAGACCGGCGGGGACGGCAACCUCGCGCCGUUCGACGACCAGACGCCGGACACGUUCGACAAUGCCUACUACACGAACCUCGUGGCGCAGCGCGGGCUGAUGCACUCGGACCAGGAACUCUUCAACGGCGGUUCGCAGGACGGGCUGGUCAGGAAGUACAGCGGCAAUGCCAAGAUCUUCGCAGGCGACUUUGCCAAGGCGAUGGUCAAGAUGGGUGGCCUCCUGCCCGCCGCGGGGACGCCGACGGAGGUCAGGUUGAACUGCAGGAUGCUCAACUAAAGGUGUCGCCUGUUUCUGGCUAGCA